AGCUUUUAAUAAAGUGAAGUUAGCUGAUGGUUGUAGUGAAAAUACCUAAUUGCUGAAAUAUAGAAAUAUGCCCAUGGCUGAAUUCGCACACCCACACACGGAAAGUUCCAAAAUUACCGACAACAAUCUGCAUGUGCACAAUAUCAUUUUGCAUUUAAAAAUAUUUUAUAUUAUAAAAACGUUUGGAACACACGAAAAAUCAUGUAUUGAGUGUCGAAAUUAUAAAGGCGUGAGAAUUUAUACAAGAACAAUGGGAAGAUUGAAAGAAACUUGACGUUUAUUUUCAAAAUUAUAACCUAAAAAUGGAUUACGUAGGCGAAUUAAUCGUUCUUGCCGUUGACAGUUUAAUUUUCGGCAUGUGCUUGAAGCAGUAUUUUCAUUGCAAAAGUGCAAUCACAGCCGUCAAGAACGCCGAGUUCUACGAGGUAGGCCCAAACCUAAACAAAGUCGUUAACAGCUCUGAUGGCAAAAUUGCAUAUAUAGCCAUAAAAGGGGUUGUUUUACCAUUAGAGAAACCAUUACGAAGCGUCAAUAACAAAGAUAUUUCUGGAGUUAUUCAAAAAUUAAGCGUUAAGGAACAUGUUGUCGCAAGAACCAGUGCCGGCUUUUGGUCUGAUCAAGAACGAACAGUACAAGAAGUUUAUAAUAGGAUACCAUUUGCCUUACACAAUGGAGCGUAUAAUGUGGAAGUUUUGGAUGCUAUGACUGCAGAAAUUUUGGAUAUGGACACUGUAUCAGAUGUGUACGAACCUAAAGUUCCUACAUUCACAGAUCACUUAUGGGGAUUUUUCACAGGAGUUCGACAAAGAGGCCUUCAAUCAACAGAAGAAAUGUUGAAAGAAGGGUCAAUCGUAACAGGAAUUGGGGAAUUAACAAGACCUGUGACGAAACCAGAUUCUGUUGUCCUACAACCUCCAGUAGAUGGUACUCCCUUUUAUCUGACAACAAUGUCAGUUAGUUCACUUCUGCGUAAACUGGACGAUCGUAAGAGAACCUACAGGUGGUUAUGCUUACUAUUUGGUGCUAUUGGUAUAGUAAUUGGUGGCUUAGUAGCCCGUCGUUUCUGGAAAGACCGAGAAGAGGAAAGAGCGGCAAAAGAGCUACGUAAUUCCUUAGCUGCCUCGCGAAAAGAAAGAAGACAGAAAGUUAGGAAUACUGAUCUUACAGAGGACCUUGUAUGCGUAGUUUGUCGAUCUAAUCCGCGCGAGAUUAUUUUACUAGAUUGUGGACAUGUAUGUUUAUGUGAGGAUUGUUCGGAGGGCAUCACUUUAGAGUGUCCUAUUUGCCGUGCGCCUAUAAAAAAUAAAUAUCCAGCCUACAUUAGUUAGGUAAAAUUUAGAAAAUAUGUUGCCAUGCAGUAAAGAAUAUUGGAAAUCUGCUAGAAUUACAAAAUAUGACUUCUACUUUUGACGCUCUUUAAAAAAUUGUAAAUAUAUCAUAAUAUUUGUUAAAAUGUAAAAAUGAGAAGAAAUGUAAUAUUAAUCAAUCGGCCUAAUAUGAUAGUGUAAAAAAUAUGAUGUAGUGGUGAUUAGCUAAGUAACUACGAAAAGUUACAUUUAUAUACUUUAAUUUAUUUUAAAAUCGAGAAAUUUUUAUUAUCGAUCAGUUUCGAAAAAACCAUUCGCAGUCUGGAAUUCUCAUGUUCGAACAAAAAGAAACAAGAAGUAAACAAGAACUUUUUUUUCUCGGUAAUCGCGAAAAAACAUUUUUUAGUGAAUAAAACAUACAAUAUU